UCUUUCUUCUCAUUUACAUUUUGGUCAUUUGUUUAUAUUUUCAUGAAAUAUAUCUAUGGAAAUUUGUCCAUUUUUAUUUUUUAUUGUUUUGCUUUCCUUUCUGUGCUUUAAAGAUAAAGUGAUUGGCUUUUUCUGUUCUCUUCGGUGCUCGCCCCUGUGCUGACGCCAUGCCUCGGAAAAUUGAGGAAAUCAAGGACUUUCUACUCACAGCCCAGCAGAAGGAUGCCAAAUCUGUCAAGAUCAAGAAGAACAAGGAUAAUGUGAAGUUCAAGGUCCGCUGUAGUAGGUACCUCUACACCCUGGUUAUCACGGACAAGGAGAAGACAGAGAAGCUAAGCUGUCCCUGCCCCCAUGUUUGGCAGUGAAUGAGCUGAGAUGAACCGGACCUCUGCAUGUGACUAUUAAAAACCCUGAAAAGUAAAAAAAAAAAAAA